AUGGCACAAGCAUUUCCAUACACAUACUACGCCUGCGACUGCUUCGACAGCAACAGCGUAGCAGGCACAAAACUCACCUCACACGUCCUCGCCGCAACCGACGACGAAGAAGAGACGCUCGACCCACGAAACCCACGCUCCAACUACGCCCUCUACCCGCUCGAGCACCUCCUCUACUGCGAAGACUGCUUGCAAAUACGCUGUCCACGAUGCGUAAUCGAAGAAACGCUAAACUGGUACUGUCCCAACUGCCUCUUCGAAGUCCCCAGCUCGGUCGUCAAGAGCGACGGUAACAGAUGCACGCGCAACUGCUUCAACUGCCCCGUCUGCAUAUCCCCCAUGAUUGUCAAUCUGCUCGAGAACCCGGACGUCGACCACAGCACAACGGACCGGCAUAUCCUGGCGUGCCCGUACUGCCAUUGGAGCACGGUGGAGACGGGCAUCGAGUUUGAGAAGCAUACAGGCGUGUAUUCGCAGAUUUCACGCAUAGCAAAUGGGGGGAAGCCGAUACCGUCGAUCAAGGAGCGGGACAAGGAGCCUUCGUCUCGUGGCUCGGCCAUUGUGUAUGCGGGGGGCUACGAGCCGCCCUCGCGCGAUGAUCUGUUUGCCAAUCUCGCUGCGUUCUACAAGGCGGAAUUGGACGCGCAAACGCCGUCGAAUCCGCUCGAGAUGAACUUUUCCUCGCCCACGGCAUACUCUCGCAUUAUGAACUUGUACUCGACGUCGACGAAGAAGUCGAAGCGGAGUAAGCCUACACCCAUGAGAGACGCAGCGUCCGAGCUAGAAGGUCUGGUGACACACGACCCCGCUGCUGAAAACGCAACAAUCGAGCGUAUCAAGCGGGGCGGUUGGAGUGCUACAUUAUCGCCUACCCAGAAACUUGCCCAGCUCGACCCACACGUACAGUUCGACGACGAGCUCCGACCCAUCCCAACACUACUCUGCACAAAACGCUCCAAACGAUGCCGCUCCUGCCGCCACAUCCUCGCAAAACCCGAAUCAAAAAUCACAUCCACACGCUACAAAAUCAAACUACUAGCUCUAAACCACAUUCCCCGCCUCAGCGUCCGCGCCUUACCACCCCCUUCCAACCCACCCAUCCCCGCCUUCCCUGGCUCUGUCCCAGCGCCAGCACCCCAACCAGCCCAGCCCCAGCCCCAACCCCCCUUCAACUACAACGCCCUCCGCCCGGGUAUCCCCGCACACUUCCUACUCCAUCUCAGCAACCCCCUCUUCGACCCCAUCCGCGUCACCCUCGCCACCUCGAGCACCACCCCCGGCAGAGUCUCCUCGCGCGUAACAAUCCUCUGCCCCGAAUUCGAAGUCGGCGCCAACACCGAUGUCUGGGACGACGCCCUCUCCUCCUCGCCCGCCCCCAUGCCGCGCCGCUCCACCAUCAACGCCGAAACAGGGCAGAUCGAAGCUGGCAAGAUUUGGGACAAGGGCCGCAAUUGGACCAGUGUCGCCAUUGAGGUUAUACCGGGGUUCCUGGAUGAGGUUAAUGGCGAGGACGAGGAGCUAGAGCCCGAUGAUGAUUUGCUCGAGAUUCCGAUUUUCGUCAGGUUGGAGUUUGAGGCGGAUGUUAAUGCUGAGGAGAGGGGGCUCGGGGAUUCGAGGGGGAGUAAGGGGGAGAGGGAAAAGAGGGAGGAGGCGUUUUGGACGGUGGUGGGCGUGGGGAGGAUUGCUAAUGCUUAGUUUGGGGGUUUUGAUGAUGACGAUGAUGAUACCCAUUUGUUUCUUAUGGUGAUGAAUAAACGAAAGCGUGGGAGAGAAUUGUUAUUCGUUGUGCUUGAAAUGGCAUUUUUC